AUGGUGGCUCCCUUCAUCACCGUUCUGAUGCUGGUGGCCGUUGGCACGGCCACUGCUGUUCCUCCGCCGUAUGUGUCGACAGGUGACUGCGACUUCUCUACCCUGAACCUUGAUGCGAUGGUGAAUGACAUCAUUAUCAAGAUGCCCUCGGAAUACUCGACCAAGAGCUCCAAGCCGGAAGAGGUUGUACCUGGACUCUUUGUGGGCCCCAUUGUCUUCAAGGGCAUGGACAAGCUGCGGCCGUUCGGUGCCGCUUUGGGCUUCUGCCGCAACGGCACCAGUCUGGUGCAGGUGGACCUCGCCACCACCGCCGGAAUGCUCGAAGCCGUAAUACCGUGGAAGACUUGCGCGGGACAGAAGGGCACCAUCGAAACGUACACUGGAGCCAGGGUUACCUUCAUCUUUGAGGUCGCGCCUCCUAGUGGCGAGGAAGAGUCUUACGACGCAGGAGCAAGGCUUGUGUACCACAGUGGCCCAAUCCCAGUGUACAUGGACGAUGUCUUCGUGGCACUGAACGGCGCCGGGCAAUUCCUAAGAACCGCUGUCGGUGUGCUGUCGAAGCUGUUGCCGCAGCUUCCCAAGGAGUUCUGGGUGGACGCCAUCGGCGACAAACUGCGCAGCGUUAUUCAGGAAGUCGCACGCAGAGCCUGAGUUGCAGCCCGAGCCAGAAGCGAAGCUCAGUAAUCUUGAACGAUGCUAUGUUUUGUCCCAUGGUUAUUUGGUGAUGGUGUUUGCAUUCAGAGCCACUGAGCUAGAUUAUCUUGUAAUCCUCUGAAAUGAACUAAUAAACGCCAUGGUAUACGCGA